AUAAGCUUGACUAAGAUUGAUUUAUUUUUAUGAGCUGUGUUUGAAAUUGAAAAUAACGGCGUGCAGUUCGUAUGAAUUGAAGGCUAUAUCUAAAAAUCACGUAUGAAAUAUUCAACACCAAGUUUAUGCUAUGACCGUUUUGGCCAAUUUUCUAUUUAAAAUUUGAAUAAAUCUUUUAACACUAAUUUUAAUUAAUAAAUAAAUUUAAAUUAUGCAUGAAAAGAAUUAAAUUUUGAAACAAUAUUGGAAUUUUUGUAGUUUGAAAUAAUAAUUUCUGAACGUAUAUUUAAUGUGUAUUAUAUUUAAUAUUAUUAUUAAUAAAAUUAGCAGCAAAAUUAAUUACUGAAAACAUUUGAACCAAGAUUAAAAAUGUUAUACUAUUUUUAGAUAGUUAAAACCUAAAUUCUUAAAUAUCCUUUUUUUAUAUACAUCUAAUUUUUAAUAAAAUUUAAUUAACUUUAUAGUUGAGAAAUAAUUAUAAAGUAAAGUAGUUUUAAGAAUUUAUGUUAUAAUUAAAAAUCACUUAAAUAUAAGUAAAUUUUAACUUUAUUUUGGUUAAAAAAAAAACUUUUAUUGUAAAUUACCUAUAAAAAUAUGUAGAAUAAAUAAUAUGAUUUCGACAUAAAAAGUAUACGUGAAUAAGAAAACGUAAAUGAAGAGAGAGUAAAGCACUGAAGAAGUAACAGCAACGUCAAGAUAGAAAAUGAUCUGAGUUUCAUUUAAAAUUUAAAUAUCUAGAAUUUAUCACAGAAGUAUAACAUGGCCAGAUCAAUAUUACAUAAAGAUCGAUUAUAUAUAAUUAUCUGUUGGGUAUUUUAUUAUUCCGUUUCGUAUUUCUCUUACUUUUCUGCAAAACAUUACUGUAUUUAAAGACAAAAUUAUGCCGUAUGUGAACUAUAUUAUGGGAUUGCGACUUUUGUUACUGUCCAUUUGCAUGUCAAAUCAUAAAAAAAUUAUUUCACGAGGGAUAUAUUGCAAGGGAUAUGUUGUAUGAAUAAUGGAGUUAGCAACUACAAAGCAUUAAAAGGUAUUCUAUCUACAUCUAAGAGAUUAUAUCAUAGUAAGACUAUAGACUAUCGAUGUUUGUCAGUUAUUCUAAAGAUUUUGUUACGUGCAAAACUUAUCAGUUUUGACUGCUCUAGGUGCAUUUUCUCUUUAUACUAAUAAUGCAUUUAAUCAUCUUUUACGCAAAUAUGCUAUGUUUACUUUUAAUUUCAGAUUAAUCAGAAAGCUUAUUUGUAAAUAUAAAUAUAAUAUAUUUACAAACAUUAUUUAUAUUUAUAUAUAAAUAACAUUUGUAAAUAUUAAAAAAUAAAAUAUUUAUUAUUUUAUUAUAAUAAUAAGAGUAGAAUCAAUUUUUGAUCAAGUUGAAAUUAUUUUAAUUAAAACUUAUUAAUCCGGAAGUUUGCAAUAAUUAAUUACGUGUGUGCGUAUGUGACUGUGUGUGUGCUUCAUAGAUAACAUCAAAGGAUAUAAUCUUGUAAAAUGCACAUUCUUAAAUUAACUUUUAAUCUUUUAACGAUAUUUGGGUGCUGGCGACCGAAUUCUUGGUCAUCGUUACAUAAACGUUUAGUUUACUACGUAUAUACGAGCAUAAUAUUUUUAUUACUAAACACCUUUAUGAUAUCGCAAUUGAUAGAUGUAAUUCUGACCUUGAGUAAUGCUGAAGAUAUUUCCGAUAAUUUCUUUGCUUUAAUUGCUAUGUGCAUUACGUGCUGUAAAGUGUUAAUUUUGUUGAUAAAUCGCAAAAACAUUACUAUGCUAAUCGAUAUAUUGAUGGAAAAACCAUGUAGGCCAUCGAAAUCGACUGAAAUGAAGAUUCUGUAUAAAUUCGAUAAAAGCAUACAGAUUAAUACGUGGCGCUUUGUACAUCUGGGAAUCAUAACAGUGUCAAGUGUGAUAUUGUCUUCUUUACUUAUAAAUUUCAGAAAUAGAAAAUUAACGUAUAAAGCCUGGUUGCCAUUUGAUUAUUCGUCGGCAAUACUUUUUUAUAUAACAUUCACUCAUCAAAUGACAAGUUUAGUUGCCGCAAUGUUUAUAAAUAUUGGUUGCGAUACUCUUAUCUGUGGGUUAUUGGUACACAUUUGCUGCCAAAUUGAGAUUUUGACAUAUCGCCUAAGAAAAAUUAUGUCUUAUUCAAAUAUUAUUCGUGAUUGUGUUUAUCAACAUUAUUAUAUUUUCAGAUUUGCUGUAAUUGUAAAUGCAAAGUUUAGGUUGACUCUUACGGUACAAUUUGUAAUGAGUAUGAUGAUGAUAUGCUUUAGCCUUUAUCAUUUAAGUAAAACAACAUCCAAAGCUAAACAUCUUGAAAUAAUCUUAUACAUAUGUUGCAUGUUAACGGAACUUUUUUUCUAUUGUUGGUAUGGGAACGAAGUAAAGUUAAAGAGUUAUGAAAUGAUUGACAAAAUUUUCGAAAUAAAGUGGUUGACAUUAGACGAAAAUAAUAAGAAAUCUUUAAUGAUGAUAAUGAGACGAACACUUGUGCCUAUUCAGAUUAAGUACGCUUAUAUUACUCCAAUGAAUCUCAAUUCCUUCAUGAAUAUACUUAAGAUGUCGUACUCCACUUACAACUUACUUCAACAUAUGAAUAAAUAAUUGUGAUAGAGAUCAACAAAAUUGCUACCAAAAUUUGUUGCUCAUAUUACAAAAUCAAUUUAAGGAGAAGAAAGAAAGAAAUGAAGAAAGAUAUAUUGCUAAUCAAUCUACAGAAUUAAUAUUUAUUUUACGUGUUGUUAUCGAAAAUAAACACACAUUUUAAAAAUA